AUGCUCCCAAGAAGGUAUGAGUGUUUGGCUCCUGUGCAGGUUCUUAUUCACAAUAAGAAGAUACGAGUAUUCGUCUAUCCCUUGGAGGAGUCCGAGGUGAUCUCAAGCUUUGAAGCAAAGACAGGAAACAGAACCUGCACCUUCCAGAUCCAGACCCGGCCUCCAGUGGAUGAUUGCUGCCUUGACUGUAACACGAAUUGCAACCAGCCGCUCCGCUGCAGUAACGGACAUUUGAUCCUUGAUGGAGACCAGGCACGGUCUACUUUCGUCGUCAGCACAGGCCUCAUUGAGCCCUCCGAGACUCUGACGGUGCUCUUCAGCAGCAGCCAGGAGCUGGCAACCCUGCCCAACGGUGCCAUGCAUGUCUUCUUCCCAUCCGUACUCAUGCCUUUAGUUGUAGCCGUGCCUGAAAGUGAAACACUCUAUGCAUCNAUAUGCAUUACUUUGGCAGAUAAGCACAGUUACGACAAGAACCUGGAAAUCAUCUUGCAUCCUUCUGAACCUCAUCACCCUCACCUAAUCAUUGAAGAUGGGGCCAUGACUUACAGUGAAUAUGAGGCACACACAAGGAACCGCUGGGAUUAUGCACGGAUUGCCAAAAAAGACACUGAUGGAGAGAGACAGGUUGCCUUUGUCCAGAAGAGAUUCCACAAAGACAUUUUCUACAAUCCUGUCCUGAUGCUGAAUUUCUGCCCUAAGAUAAGCAGUGUUUCUACUGACAUUCAGACGGUGACCAGGGAAAUCUUCUUCCUCAUUGACCAGACAGGAAGCGCAAGUGGCUCCAGCAUUGAUGGGAUCAAGGAUGCUCUGGUAGUGGCCAUAAAGAGCCUUCCUUCCAGUAGCUUGUUGAACGUGGCAGGCUUUGGCCUCAGCAUCAGGCCUGCCUUCAAGACGAGCAAGCCUUGUAAUAGUGACAUCCUUAGGCUGGCCUGCGAAUAUAUUCAGAAGCUACGGGCUGACGUGAGCAGGACCAGCCUCCUUGCUGCUCUGAAUUGGAGUUUGGGACAGCCUCUCCGCCGUGGAUAUCCGCGGCAGCUCUUUAUCCUGAUGGAUUCCAGCAUACAAAACCCAGGCAAGGUUAUUGAACUAGUCAGGAGACAAGCAAGUACUGUCAGGUGUUUCACAUUUGGCCUGGGCUCUGCUGUCUGCCAUCAGCUCCUCAGGAGAUUGGCCAAAGUUAGCAGAGGCCAGGCAGAAUUCCUCAGCCCAGGGGAAAGGUUGCAGCCUAAGCUGAUAAAGUCUUUGAAGAAAGCCAUUGAGCCAGCUGUGAGUGACAUCACCAUCGACUGGUACGUGCCUGACACCAUGGAGGCCCUGCUGUCACCCAACGAGAUUGCGUCCCUUUAUCCCGGAGACCGGCUCAUCAGCUACUGCACCCUUUACCACGUUGCCAGCUUCCGGGACAAGAAAGCAACAGGCCGAGAGCAAAUCUGUCGAAGUUUCUCUAGAGGAUCUGCAGGGCCAGCCUUUCCAUCCCAGGAGGAGGUAGAAGGACAGGAUGGAGCCCUCCCACUUUCAGCUGGAGAGAAUCCGGAGCGUUACAAGGGCCUUCAGGACGUUUCCCAGGAAAUAUCCAUGAAGUUUUCACUUGGGGACACUGUCGACUCUAUGAAGAGUGGAGAUCCAGUGUCUGGAGGAGAUAUCUGGAAGCGGAUUUACCAGCCUUCCUACAUUCAGGAGCAAUACGUGCUUACUCACUGCUCAGUCAGCACCGACCCCAGCCAACCCUUAUGCCACAGCUCUACCAGCAGUGAGUCUACCGGCUCCAGGGAUGUCCCUCCGGAGGAAGGCUCCUUAGCCCAGACUCUUGAAAGCACCUCUCAGCAAGGACAGAAGAGUGUGUCUCUCUGCAACUCUUCCACUAAGUCGGCACCGGUAACCCAAACUCAAACUGGGGCUACGGCUAAGGUGAGGAACCGCAAAGCUCUUGUACUCUCCAUUUCUUCAGCAUGCAAUUUGCUGUCACCCGCCCAUCUUGAUUGGGACAUGCUGUUGGAGCCCUCGUACCUUUUCAGCCCAUCACCAGCCUUGGAGCAAGGAAUGCCUGAUGGCAGCCCCUUGCCUCCUCUCCAGUGCCAGGUGGUGAUCCAUGCCCUCAGUGCAGGAAAGCCCGUCUCCUGGGAAGUGAUCGGUGGCCUGGAUUCCUUGUUCCUCCCCAAAGGCAGCCUGGAACAUUCCCAGGGACAGCAGCAGCAGCCGCCGCCAAGCACGGGAUUGGAGAAGCUCCUUCACCACCUGACCGCUGCCUCCGUUAUCCGGGAUAAUGAGACUGUGGCUCAGAGGGAAGCAGAAGUGGAACACGGUUUCUUCCGAAGGUUCCGUCUUAAAGCUGUCCAGUCAAGCAAGGCCUGCAAUCUGCCUUCCAUGUUUACUUCCGCGGUGCCUGUAGACUCUGCCACUAAGGAGGCCUUGCCUUUAGCACUUCAGGUUUGCAACACAGACGGUGUAAACAACCAUCAGAAAGGGUCCCGUUUAGUCAAUCAGCGUCAUCCGAGUUACUCGCUAAGCCUGGGACAGAGACAGGAUUCCCUGGACUUGGACGAUACUCUUGUUCCUGCAGCAACUGCACGUAGCAGCACAAGUGCUGGGAAACGGAGAGCAAUUAAAACUGGGAACGUUGGAUCAGGUGAUCGGGUGCAGCUGCAGCAAGCCCCAGGCAUGUUCCACCUGAACGAGGCCUUCUCCGAAGCGGUGCAGAUCCCCCUGGACCGCUUGUGCCGGGCCUCUCCGUAUCUCUCCCACCGGGCCAGCCUGAGCCCUGCCUCCAGCACCUCUCCAUGGGCUCUGAUCGCCAAGAACCCCCCCAAGCCACCAGUCAACCAGCCUCCCCCAGAAGCCAACGAAGAGGGAGUCAGGACAAGCAAAGAGCAGGUGAUGGAGUCGGACUCCCCGCACUCGCCCAGUACCUGCUCAGACAUCCUGAGCGCUGUUGUGUGGGCCCAGGCCGACAGCGGAAGGGGCUCCGAAACUGAUGCCUGCGACCAUUCGCCGGAUGCCUCAGAAGCCAGCCUCAGCCUGCAGGAGGCCAGGUUGGAGGCGGAGGAGGGCGAUUUAGAGAGCACGAGUUGGGCCACCGCUGUGGCUCUGGCGUGGCUCGAGCAUCGCUGCGCCGGCUUUUUUGUGGAAUGGGAGCUGCUGGCGGCUAAAGCGGAUUCCUGGCUACGUGGCCAGCAGCUGCCCGAAGGCCUGGAUGUGGCCGCCCUGAAAGGAGCAGCCCGCCAACUUUUCCUGCUGCUCCGCCACUGGGACGAGAACAUCAAGCUGAACAUGUUGUGCUACAACCCGAAUAACAUGUGA